AUGUCGAAUUCGAUUGCCAAACAUUCUGGUCCAAGUGCAAAUGAUGGUGUUUCAGAGAAAUCUCCACAUAAACUGGUCCUCAAGAUCGGAGCUCCAAAGAAACCACAGUCUCCUGCACCAAAUCGAAUCCCACAAACCACGUCAAAUCCACAUACACAUGGAAACGUGAAUCAUGCUCCAAAGCCUGCACAAACAGUACCCAAACUCAAACUACUGUUGAAUCCUGGUGGCGGUAGUAGUAACAGUGCUGCUGGUGGUACUGCUUCAGCAAAGAGGAAACACGAUGAUGCUCCUCGGCCACCAAAUACUGCUCAUAGCAAUCCAUACUCUGCUGGAUCUUCAGCUCCUUCGUCGUAUACUGGUACUCCCGUCAUGGAAUCACGACAAUUACCAACUCCUUCCAUAAAAAAGAUGAAAUUCGAUAAUACCUCUGCAACAGCACCGAAUACGAAUAGUAAUUAUAAUAAUGGUAUAGCUAGCAAUAGCAUUGCAUCAUCAGUUGCACCUGCAGGUGGAUUUGAUCAACCACAGCAACAGGAUCUAGUGACUAUGGGUCCUGAUGGACUUCCUGUCACUGUAAAAGAGAAAAAGACCAAAUAUAAACGUAAAGGUCCAGCACGUCCAAAACCUGGUGAGCCAGGAUACAAGCCACCGAAAAAGAAACCACUGUAUCAGGUAGUCAAGAAGUUCCUGGCUACCUUGAAACAAAAAGAUGAAUAUGGCUUCUUCUUGGAUCCUGUAGAUACGAUUGCCGUGACGGGAUACCUCGAUGCCAUCAAAGAGCCAAUGGAUUUCACGACAAUGGAAAGAAAGAUAUUUAAACGUGAAUAUCGUGGUAUUGAAGAUUUCCACAGGGAUGUCAUGCUCGUGACUGGUAACUGCAAGACAUUCAAUCUCCCUGAAACAUUAUAUUAUCAGGAAGCUGAUAGGUUGGAACAGAUGGCAGUAGCGUGGUAUACUCGUGAAGCACCCAAUAUAGCUCCACUGACAGAACUAGACUUGGUUCCAGAAGAACCAGGUGGAAACGACACGGAAACAACCCAAACAGCCAAGGAAGAAGUGGCAGUGCCUCGCAGACGGCUUCCCGAUUUACGAGAUCGCGCUACUACAGGUCGUAAACCGCCCAUAGAUUUGAUGCCAUAUGUUUCCAGUCGUGACAAGCUAAUCAAGAGAACUAUGCCAGAUGAAUCUGGUUUCUUGCCUGCCUCUCAACGUAAACUACGUAAAUUCAAUCAAUGGGAUGCGCUAGAAAAUAAGAUGGCGUCUCUCAUACAAACUGAUGGGUCGAUUAUACCAUCUAGAAAGUCAGCAGGAGGAUGGGACAUGUUGGAGGAUUUAUUUCCAAACAUGACACCCUUCCAAGUAUUUAUUCAACAGCAUUCUACAAGGCAUUAUUUAACUAGUGAAGAUGUGGAUGUACCUCUGAUACCUCAUACUUUUGGCUCUUAUGGGUCUGUCUCACGAAUGGACGGUGAUGCUCCUCUACCUUUGCAUCCUCGAUUACAAACACUCGUAUUUAAAGACCCGACUGGUGAAGCUUAUAUUGCCAGCUUGGAACGAUUCGUAAAUUUAAACAGUAGUAGUAAUAGUGAGGUCGAUGAUGGCACGAGUCUCUUGAAGGAGUACAUUGACCAACGCAUUGAAGACUUAUUGGGUGGUGCUGAUGUCUUGGCAGGAGAAGCAAUGAAUGCAGCUUUAGAAGCUAAAGAGUCAAAGACAUUUAACGCACUAGUAUUAGAGACCAAAGCAUUUGGUAAAGUUGAUGUCGCUGCAGGUCUAGAAUUGAUUCAAAAGUAUGGUGAUCAGGCAUCGCGAGAAGAGGCAUCGGCUGCCAUGUUUAAGGAUGUUAGUUUGGAGAUUCCUGCACUUUUAAACUUGACUGGAGGCGGAGAGCUGAAUACCAAACCGUAUGCUCAGAUCAAGCGACCACAGUUGUUUGCUGAUAGUGUCAAGGAUAUUAUGGAAGCUGAUGCUUUAUUACAGUCAUCGAAUAGCAAUGGUGGCACUGAUGCUCCCAGCAACGACACAGAGAAAGCGCGACUUGAGACUUUAAAGACUGGUAUCCAGAAUAGACUCAAGCAUGUCUUCCAGCAAUUGAGUGCCGAGAAAAAGACAGUCGUAAAUCAGCCUAACCCACCUUACGUCCCAAUGUCUCUACCUCCCAUGCAGCCAAUGAAUAUCGGCAAUGUAGGAAUGCCAAUGUCGAUGCCUCCUAUGAGUAUCCCAAUGUCGAUGCCAAUGUCGAUGGGUGCCUUGUCGAUGCCAAUGAUGACACCUGUACAGAUGCCAAUGAAUACCAUGCCGAUGCCCAUGAAUACUACUUAUACGUCACCGCAGAAAAAUGGGCCGCAGAAACAGUCGCAACAACAACAGCAACAAGUAUCAUUACCUCAUCAAAGAAUGCCGCAACAGCAGCAACCUCAAAUGUUUAGAACGAUGCAACAACCACACCAGCAGCAAUCGCCACAGCAACAGCAGCAGCAAGCGCAAGCUCAGCAAAGGCAGCAGCAGCAACGAGUGCAGCAACAACAAAGGCCACCGCAACAGCAGCAACAACAGAGAGCACUACCACCACAGCAUCAGCAACAGAUGCAGCAGCAACAGCAGAUGCAACAGCAGCAGAUGAGACCGGUGAGGGCACCAUCGUCUCAACGUCCAGCUAAUAGUAACACUAGUCCAAUGGUGCGACCUGGACAAGUAGGCGGAAUGAUGGCAGCAGCUGGAAUGAAUAUGCCGCCCAUGAAUCCAGUAAUUCAACAGUAUAUGCAACGGUUUCAUGGCAUGUCUAGUCAGGAGCUCAGCCAGUACCUUGCUGCCAAUCCGACGGUAUUGAAUGCUAUUGCACCUCAUCUGAACAUACAGCAGCAGUUUCAACCAGUACAUAACAGUGGUGGCAAUAAUCGACCACGUACUCAGUCGUUACCUCAACAGCAGCAGAUACCGCAAAGUAUGAUGCAAGGAAACAUGUCGAAUCUAGGUAACAUGCAAGUACCAGCUUAUAAUAUGGCACCUCGAUUCAUGCCUCAACAGCAGCAGCAAGUGAUGAACCAACAACAGCAGUACAUUCAGUUACCUAAUGGACAGUUGAUGGGAACUGGUAGUAUGAGUGGUGGUGGAAGUAAUCAGUUGCCGAAUUUGGGGCAGUUGCUACAUGGUGGUGUUCCUGUUGUGAAGCAGUCUGCGUAUGGUGGACAUCAUGGACAACAUCCAUCUCAGCAACCGCCGCCACAGUAG